UGUUACUGCUACUGCUGCAGUGAGCGCCGCCCCGCGCCCCGCCAUUGUCCCCGCCGCUCCGCCAGUCGCGCCGGGCCGCGGACCGGGAGGCGGGGAACGCGCAUGGCUGGGCGUCGCUGAUGCCGCCGCCGCCGCCGCGCCGCCCUCCGAGGCUGCGUCCCGGGAAGCCCGGACCUCCGCGCUCCCCGGCCCGGCCCGGCGCCCCGGACUGGAGCGCGCGCCCAUGGAGGCGCCCGGGCUGGCCAAGGCGGCCAAGGCGGCCGCGACGGACCCCGAGCCUCAGGGGGGCCGUGGGGAGACCCCCGACGGGGCGCCCGCGCUCUGCCCCAGCCCCGAGGCGCCCUCGCCCGAGCCGCCAGCCUACCGCCUGCAGGACUUCGACACGCUGGCCACCGUGGGCACCGGGACGUUCGGACGGGUGCAGCUGGUCAAGGACAAGACGGCCAAGCAUUUCUUUGCCCUGAAGGUGAUGAGCAUCCCCGAUGUCAUCCGCCUAAAGCAGGAACAGCAUGUACACAAUGAGAAGUCGGUGCUGAAGGAAGUCAGCCACCCAUUCCUGGUCAAGCUGUUCUGGACGUGUCACGACGAGCGCUUCCUCUACAUGCUGAUGGAGUUCGUGCCGGGCGGCGAGCUGUUCAGCUACCUGCGCAACCGGGGCCGCUUCUCCAGCACCACGGGGCUGUUCUACUCUGCGGAGAUCGUCUGCGCCAUCGAGUACCUGCACUCCAAGGAGAUCGUCUACAGGGACUUGAAGCCGGAAAACAUACUGCUGGACCGGGAGGGUCACAUCAAGCUCACCGACUUCGGCUUCGCCAAGAAGCUGGUGGACAAGACGUGGACCCUUUGUGGAACACCCGAGUACCUGGCCCCUGAAGUUAUCCAGAGCAAAGGCCACGGGAGAGCCGUGGACUGGUGGGCGCUCGGCAUCCUGAUAUUUGAGAUGCACUCGGGGUUUCCUCCGUUUUUUGAUGACAACCCAUUUGGCAUUUAUCAAAAAAUCCUUGCAGGCAAAAUAGAUUUCCCCAGACAUUUGGAUUUCAGUGUAAAAGACCUCAUUAGGAAAUUGCUUGUUGUUGACAGAACCAGACGCCUCGGAAACAUGAAGAAUGGAGCGGAUGACGUGAAGCGACACCGGUGGUUCCGAACUGUGGAUUGGGAGGCGGUCCCGCAAAGGAAACUGAAGCCCCCCAUCGUGCCCAAGCUAUGCGGUGAGGGCGAUACCUCCAACUUUGAAGCGUAUCCCGAGAAUGACUGGAACACGGCCCCUCCAGUGUCACCGAAAGAUUUGGAAGUCUUCAAGAAUUUCUGAGGACAGGAAUCCUCAUCUGGAAGGAUGAUUUGAACCUGCACAUCAGAGUGGCAUAUCAACCCUGAAGAAGGGUUGUGUCCACAGAAUAAGGACAUUUCCAUAUUCUAUAAGUCUGGAUGUAUAUAAAGAGAUUGGAUAUCCGUACAAAGUCAUGGACCUGGCAUUAUUUAAGCAACUGGAAAUUAAGCAUCAAUAAGCAACUGGAAAUCUACUGCACAGUAGGACCUUUUGGAAAAUUGUUUGGUUGUAGAUUUUAUCUUAUCUCUUAGUGUGAUGAACCUACUGUGAUAUCUUGGUUUUCCUCAUAGACUUAACUUUAUAAGUUUGAACUGAACGUGUUUGGUUAUAACCACAGAUGGUGUGUGUGUGUGUGGGCGCGCGCACGCGCGCACGUGUGUGUGUAUAAAAAGACCAUAUGUCUGGUGCACAGGAAUUGUACCGUGAUGUAAAUCUUCAUACUUGGCAGAGCCUAUGAUUUUUAUCUUCCAAAUUGCUCUUUCAAGAAUCUGUUUUUCUUGGGGACAAAAGCUAAGACAAAUAUGAUGUGUGCAUUUUUUAUCGACUGAUGUGCAUUUUGUAGCUUGUGAAGAAAACAUCAUGUGAUGGUCCACAUCCCGUGUCUUUAGUGCUUCAUGUCUGGUGACUUUAGGUCUUGAAACCAGAAGGGAAGAGAAGGGUGUAUCAGUUUGAAUUUGAGUCUGAGAAUACCAGUGGCCAUUAACGUUGUUCAAGGAAUGGAACACAGUCCAGAAAUUCCCUGCAUCACAUCCAGAAAUUUCAUACUCCAUGGGUGGGGGGGUGGAGGCAGGUGGCUACCUAUUAAAAUUGCAGUUGAGCUCUGUAUCCAACAAAAUGCAGAGUUAACAAGUGACUGUUGGCUCAGUUGCAUGGAUGACCUUCAUGCAAACGUGUUUUUUUUUUUUAACUUUCUUUUUUUAACUUCCAUUGUGGGAAAAAUAAGACGCAAAUGAGCUAUAGGAUGUCAGUCUUCAGCAUAGUAGAAAUUAACCUUUCUUGUUUCUAUCCUCGUAAAUGUUCAGUUGUGGGUGUGUCCAGCACACUCUUGUCUCGUAGGUAGGGCGUGCUUAUCGGUGGCUGAGAUUUUGUCUUCCUCUCUGGACCUGAUCGUGAAGAUACCAUGAAGAGCACCCUGCAAAUGCUUUCCCCUUGGGAUUGACAUAAUGCAAGGCGGAUGUGGAGUGGGCUCCAGUGAGUGUGUUGGCUAGUUGUGGAUCCUCCCAGAAAAUGGGGCGUGUAAAGAGGUCCUAGGGGUCCAUGCUCUCCGUGAUCUAUUGCUUUGUCUUGUGCUUCUCUUCCUCAUUCUGAAGUUUGCUGUACAAAUCUCAAGGGGUUGGCCAUUCUCUGCUGACUGUGACUCAGCUGGACAAACAGAGCUGCUCAUGUCUGCAUUGUGUCUGGUCGUAGGGCUCAACUGUGACCUUCUGCAGGGACAUCUGUGCGCUUAACUAGUAGGUGCCAGAGCCUUUGGUGACCGCAGAGGGACACCCACACAGACCUGCAAGACCCCUUCUGUACCCUUCCUUUCUUCCCAGGGUUGGCCCUGAAAAGUCCAGCUCCUUGGGCAGUGGGGAUGGGAGCAGUGCUUGCCCUGGGCGGUGUGAUGGUGAGAUGGGUGCGGGGAAGAGGCAAGCCUGGGCACCCUAUCAGGGCUUCUCCAGCUUACAUGUUCUUGAGUCACCUUGUGGAUUCUUGGCCAUCAUAGACAUUAUUUUCCAGUGCUGUGCCUGGGAAGACCUUUUCUUUCCAUGUAGCCCUUUGUACUUCUCUUCUGCAAGCAUGUCUGUGGACAUGGAGAGCCGCCACAUGGCAAAGUCAUACAUCUCUUUAAGCAGCAAAAUGUCAAAGGCCAUGCAGUUGCCUACCAGAUUUGGCCAGAUCCCACUCACAAGUCCAAAGCACACAGAUGUGCUGGAAGGUGGAAUGAAGAACGUGUGCACCCACCCAAGCUUUAAAAGACACUGAAGUCGAAGCCACGUUUCCCCCUUUCUUGUGCAUGACCUGCUCUUCAAAUACAAAUCCAAUGAGUAAGGUCAGAGUGACUACAAGAUUUAGUAAAAUAAACUCUUUAUAAUGAGUAACUCGAAGAAAAAUUAUUUUUAAAGGGCGUGCUGUAUGGAUGGAUGUUCCAACAGAAUGGUGUUUUUAGUCUGUACCGAGCAAUCCCUGUGCUGUUUGCAUUCAGUAGGGGACCAGAACGGGCAACAUGUUCAGCCUGAAAUUUCUUAACUGUUUCAUCAUUGACUGUUACAAGGCUAAAUCAGCAAAGUGAUGGUGCCCUGAGAUAUAAACCCAUGAGGGAAAGCAAAGAUCUCACAUCCUCUGACUUAUAAAAAUAGAUUACUAUUAUUUUGGAGCCUUGUGCUUAAGAAAAUAAAAAUAAAUGAAACACCUUUCUUGAACAUGAUAAAGCAUUGUAUGUAGACACAUUGACCCAUAUGCAUAUUUUCGGGUUUAGUUCUCACUGUCCCAGAUUUAAUAUAGAACGUGAAAAACAGCCUCAAGAAAGCAUGAAAUGCAAUGCCUUAAUUUUGGACAGAUAUGCACACACACACUCACAAAUGCCAACGUUGGAAUGCACAGAUCACAUGGUUCUUUAAAAACAUUGUCAUCGGCCAUCAGCCAUGCAAAACAAAUUAAAAACUAAAAGGAAUUCCAAGAAUACCAGAUGGUGUUAAACUCAGUCUUGCCAUUUCAAUAUUUGAGGUGGCACACGCCAUGUGUUAACGGCCCGUGGCUGGACUGAAAUUAAGCAGAGUGACGUAAUGCAAAGACUGACUUAAUCAAAAUGAGUCCCAAACACAUGGGACACUCACUGUAUAUAACUGAAAAAUAGUUUACUCGGUGGGGGGCACUCUGAAAUUUUCAGGUAUCUGAUCAGAUAUCUACGUGCAAAAGUCAUGAGAAGCAACGUCAUGGAAAUAUUCGCAAAAUUCGCAUCAGAAAAAAAAAACGAUAGACUCCUUUUGUUCUAUGCAAUUUUAUGAGUUGGCAAUAUUUUCUUAAAAACAAGUACCAUUUUAAAAAGAUCCUCAGGAAACGCAUGUUUUGCAGAGAAGUAUGUUGGGGCGGGUGGUGUUUUUCUAAAGGAAUUAUCACCCACCCCCUUGAACACAUAUCUUCAAAGCUAAGAAGGAAAUUAAAUUGCAUUUGCAUUAGCCAACUUCCAGUUCUUGCAGAACAUACAUUAGAACCCUGCCUGGCACAAACGUACCCGCUUUGAUGCUGGGCACAUCGCGAUGUCUACUGUUGACGUGACGAUAUGUCGAGAGAGAGCCCGACGACAAGAUGCGAGUGCCCAGCUCAAGUCCUCGUGAUGCUUUCACACUCCUCUUCCCAGCCCUGCGCACCCACCCGUCCGUGAGCAUCUGGUCCAGUGUUCUGUUUCGUUCUGUGCUCUCUACCUAAGGACUCCCUUGUUACCAACGACAGAAUCACCAGUACCACUAGACAGUCACGUGACAUGGGAUGCAUUUGCCAUUUCUGUGUAUGACCUAAGCUGCCUCUAGAUUUUGGACCACUGGAACUGUGAAAAUACGCUAUCAAGGAAAGACCCCAGUGCCCCCACUCUCUAGGCACUGAGCGCUGCCCACCCCUGGGGAGUGCUUCAGGCUGCAUCAAAUCCUAGGACCACAUCAAAAUUCUCAUUCUAGCCACUUGGUUAUUGCAGUGCAGGAAAAAUACUUGGUUGGAUUCCCCCCAGCCCCAAUUGAUUUUUACAUCCCCAAAUGAGUAUGUUCACAGAAGCCCCUAAGGGCUCCUGUGGUGGAGCUUGAGAAUGUGAUGCAUGAGUUCUUAUUUUUCCUGAGGUCCAUCCACUGAGAGUAUGGGUUUUAUUUGCGUUAGACAAGUCCUGUGUACCUGUACCGCGUGUCCCUGUUUCUUAUGGAGGUGAGAAGGCCUUCUCUUUACUUCACCUUCAGUGGACGAUGUCCACUUACCAAAAACAAGAAGACAAGCACAUGAACUGUUGUGUUAGUAAUGUAUUUGGGUAGUUUGGUGUGUGUGUGCAUGACCGCGUUUGUGUCUUGGUGGUGGUGGAGUUCGGGAGUGGUGUUUUGCCAAGUGUCACAUUUACCUAUCAAGUUUGCUUUGCAGACCCCGUGGGCUUAACAGUCCUUCGUAGUAAAAGGGAAAUGCUCUGUCACCGUUUCCUAUAAGUUAUUGUGCUGUAACGCAUUCUGUUGUGCUUUCACUGGCUCUUCCCUGGUGGACACCUCUGUUAAUUUAAAGUAAAAGUCAUUAUGUGUGUGUGUUAGCAGAUGGGAUUUCAAGCCUUUUGACACUCAGGGCAUCUUGUCCUCUGAGAUGGUUCUUCAGCUCUGCAGAACGGUCUUAGCGUCCUUCUUCCUUGUGCUGUGCUACGGGCAGCCUGGCCGGGUGGCCCCGGGACAGCCGUGGGAUGUGGCAGACACGAGACGGAGUGCCUUUGCAGGUGCGGUGCGCCCCGGCGAGCCAGCACUGGGAUCCCUGUGGGGUCGUCCCAGCUUCUCAUGUGGAAAAAAAAAUUGUUGUUAAUUCUUUCAAUUCUUGCACAAUGAAAAUCACUGUGAUUUGUAUAUAUACCCUAGGAAGAUUUUACUGCUGCCUAAUUUAUGUAAUAAUACUAUUCAUUCCAGGUUUGUUUAAUAAAACUUUGUAUCUUUUAAGA